AGAGCAGCUGAUCCGUGUAACCAUGGACAGUUUUGCAAAGGCUCCUCGGAGACCAGCUCCGUGCUCUGGGGCGCGGUGAGGAACCUGCCCUGCCCCGUCUGCAGGGUCUGGGCAGCACCGGGGGCUCAGCCCCUCACCGGGGACACCGGGGGGCUCCUGGCAACCUGCCCUGCCCGCUGCCUGCUGCUGCCAGCCCGGGACACCCUCCUUGGGAGCGGGCAUCGGGACACGCUCCCCGGGAGCGGGCUCCGUUACCGAGCUCGGAGCAGCCCGGUUACCGAACUCACCGCGGGCCGCUCACCGCGGGCUGAGCGGGACGGGACAGGUGCUCAUCGCUCAGCAGGUCAUGUCGGUUCUUCCGGAUCUUCACCUGCAUUAUGCGCAGGCCUGUCAAAAUCUGAGCCAGCCUGAAAACCCCUUCAUUGCUCGUGUGCUUCAAGAAGCUGAUAAAAAUGAGGAAAUAAGUACAAAAGGAUUCACAUUAAAAUUAGCUGGAAAUAAUCAUCUGGUGCCUGUGCCAAGAGUUACAGAUGAUGAUCUUGGAGUUCUUGUCUCUGUCUUAGGCCAAGCUGCCUUUGUCACAGGUUUGGAUCUUGCCUAUAAUUUACUGACUGAUGCUGGAGCAAAGACCAUGGCAACAUUCCUCCAGGAAAACUCCACUCUGCGGUACCUGAACCUGAUGUUCAAUGACAUUGGCACAAGUGGGGCAGAGCUGAUAGCAGGAGCACUCCAUAGCAACCAAAGUCUUGUGCACCUGAGAAUGACUGGAAACAAAAUAGGAAACCAAGGUGGGAUGUUCUUUGCUUCAAUGCUAAAAAUCAACUCAACCUUACAGAAGUUGGAUCUUGGAGACUGUGAUGUGGGCCUACAGUGUCUGGUAACAACAGCCAUAGCCCUGACUCAGAACAAAUCACUCAAAGCCAUAAACCUAAAUCGUCCUCUGCUAUCCAGCCAACAGGAAGAGACAACAGUUCAUAUAGCUCGGAUGUUGAGAACUAAUUCUUCUCUUGUGGAACUACACUUGGGCAAGCAUGAAAUGAAAAACUUUGGUGUAGAGCAACUGUGUGAGGCCCUGUACCAAAACUCCAGCCUGAGAUACCUUGACCUUAGCUGUAAUAACAUAAUCUGUGAUGGUGUGAAAUUUUUGGGAGAGCUACUAAAAAAGAACCAAACCCUGGAGAUCCUGGAUCUUAAUGCAAACCGAAUAGAAGACGAGGGAGCCAUGCACCUGAGCGAGGCCUUGACAACGUGGAACAGGAGUUUGCGGGCGUUGUCCAUUGUAAGCAACAAUAUAACUGGCAAAGGACUUUUAUCUCUUGCACAAGCAGUGCAAUCCAACAUGAAACUUUCCCAUAUUUACAUCUGGGGGAAUAAAUUUGAUAGAAGCACCUGUUUGGCGUUCACGGAGCUGAUCGAGACGGGCCGCCUGCAGCAGGGCUGCACUGAUGUGGUUCCCUACGAGGUGGAUGGGAAGGUUUUCCUGGCAGAGCUGUCCCACGGGCUGGGCAAGCACCGUUACUGGGCCCCGCGCUGCGCCGCCGUGGCCCCCGGCGCCGCCAACGCCAGCCUGGAAAUCCUCCCUGUCUCGGAGUAUUUGUGAGCCAGGCAGCACUCCCUGUGCCUCAGCUUUCCCUGCUGAGGAAAAUAGAUAUCCUAGUAAAAUAGAUAUAUCAGU